AGGAAGCGGGCAGGUCUUAAAGGGGCCGCAGCCAUUUUUUAAGGCCUCCGUUUCCUUUCUCCAAUUUUGGAAGUACGCGCGCAGAAGAGUAGAUUCUCGGAAGCUGAGCACCACUGGAGCAGGAGGGACCGCAGCUGGAGACUGCGGGGCGGGCGGAGGCGGGGGUCCGCCCAUCGGAAGGGCGGGGUGUGCGCGCCCCCUGCGCCCGGCUCACAGCUGGGGCGGCCCGGGCUCCCGCGGGCUGCGAGCUUUCACAUCUGGGGCCGGGCGCGGGCAGCGGGGUGUGGCGCGCGGUGGGCGCCGCCGGUGCGCCGGGCAGGAGGGUGAGGCCGCGCGGCGGGGCUGAGAUCCUCUCUGGGUGAACAGCUGGCACCCCCGGGUCGGCCCGGGGCGGCAAGGGGGCCGCCGCGAUGCCAAGCGAAAAUAUCUUCCUGUUUGUGCCUAACCUAAUUGGUUAUGCCCGGAUCGUCUUCGCCAUCAUUUCUUUCUACUUCAUGCCCUGCUGCCCCCUCACGGCCUCCUCCUUCUACCUGCUGAGCGGACUCCUGGACGCUUUCGAUGGAUACGCUGCGCGAAUCCUUAAUCAAGGGACCCGGUUUGGGGCCAUGCUGGACAUGCUGACCGACCGCUGCGCCACCAUGUGCCUGCUGGUCAACCUGGCCCUGCUCUACCCUCGUGCCACCCUGCUCUUCCAGCUCAGCAUGAGCCUGGAUGUGGCCAGCCACUGGCUGCACCUCCACAGCUCUGUGGUCCGGGGCAGUGAAAGUCACAAGAUGAUCGACCUGUCGGGAAACCGAGUGCUUCGUAUCUACUACACCUCCCGACCUGCCCUGUUCGCCCUGUGUGCUGGGAAUGAGCUCUUCUACUGCCUCCUCUACCUGUUCAGUUUCUCCGAGGGACCUUUAGUUGGCUCUGUGGGUCUUUUCCGACUGGGACUGUGGAUCACCGCCCCCGUCGCCUUGCUGAAGUCCCUCAUCAGCGUCAUCCACCUGAUCACCGCCGCCCGAAACAUGGCUGCCCUGGAUGCGGCCGACCGCGCCAAGAAAAAGUGACCUCGGAAUUCAGCCCCUGCGGCCCCCCUGCCCUGGGAGUCUCCUGUGUCACACGGCUCCCCUCUUCCUCCGAGGAGGUCCAGGCUCUUGUCUUCCUAAUGUGUUCAACCCGCUGGAAGUGGGUCAGGCCAGUCCCACCCCUCGGCUCCAAAUCAGGAAGGAUGCUCAGGAGACCCCGCCCACACAGGCAGUGCUUCCCGGGCACCAGGAGGCUGGUCUGAGGGCUGGGCAUCGUCACCCCUGCUGGCGUGGCCCUGGGGUCUGGCUUGGCCCGAGACUGGAGGGACACUUGUGUGAGGGAGAUGGGGUCAGGGCGGGGUACCCGAACUCUGCCACCGGCCAGAGGAAGCCUGCAGGUCCUGUGCUGGGCCCAAGGAGCCGUCUGGAUCCUUCCCCAUUGCAGCGUCCUCUGUCCCGUCGGCCCCAGCUCUGAGAACUUGGAUAAUAAAGGGGCUUCACUAUCCUGGACCUGCUUCCCUGUGAAAUACUCUAGGACUGGGGCCUGGGUGAGGGAGCUUGGGGAAGAAGGAAGGUCCCUGGGGCUGCUUCCCCUCCGUGUGGACUGGCUAGGUCCUUCCUCUCAUUCCACAGACACCUCCCUGCCGCCCAAGGUCAGGCCAUGUCCCCUUGCCCACCUGCUUCACUUCCUCUCCGACACUGUCACGAGCUGUCUGCAUUUAUUUCUGUCCCUGGUGUUUUCUAGCCCCUAGAAUGUAAACCCCACAAGGGCACGGACUUUCCUUGCUCCUUCUCUAUCCCCCCAUGAAGAUUAACCUGAACCGGGCCUAUUGUAGCUGCUUAAUAAAUAUUCACAAGGACCGUUACUUUCUCAGUGCAGUCUUUAGACCACCUGUGGGGUAUUUUUUUUCCCUUUUAAUUCAGCUUCUAGAACAUUGAACCAGAGUUGGAGUCUCUAUGGGUGGGCCCAGAAGUCUGCAAUUUUAAUCACCUCCAGGUGAUCAAUUCUUCCCUCGAAGGUCGAGAAUCACUGUUCCUCCUUAAGCGUUUUUUGGGCAUCCACUGGAUGGUGGGCAUUGUUCUGGGCACCUGUUCCGAGCAGCCACCUCUGCCCUCUGAGCUUUCUCUGCUGUCUGGCACUGGCUUUUUUUGUGUGUGUUUUUUUAACUAUAUUGAGCUUACCAUAUGCCGGAUCCUGCGCCGGGGUUGUUUGCAGCUGCUACUCAUUUUAUUCUUAUACUAGCGUAGCCAGGGGGCCCAUGUGUCCAGAGAGCUGAAACUCAGCAGGUGUGUGCUGAGCGGAGGUCACAGGCCAGCGGGGGACCUGGUCAUGCGGUUAGGGAGGUGUUCGUUGGGGCAUAGGAGUAGGCAGUGCUGUGAGGUAGGUGCUGGUGAAGGGUGUGGGCAAUUUGGGAAGCUGGUCGGGUUUGGAGACAGAAGAACGCAGAGGAGAGGCUGGUUUUCAGCUGAGGACAGAGGCCAGAGAGCUAGUUUCGGAAAUGGAACCUGAUGAGAUCAUGUUGCUGAAGUGCGCUGGGGGUUGGGGGUGGAGAACCAGUGAGAGAUUGGGGGGAGCCAUCAGCGGCCUGAGGAGCUCAGUAGGGCAUUUGGACUAUCCUAGGGCCACAUGGAGCCAUUGAAGGGAUCUUUCAAAAUAAUAGGCAAAAUAUUACCAGGGGAAAAAUUAGGUUGCAGACUAAAAAAAAA